AUGCCACCUUCCGCUCAUAAAGCCUCAGAAAAGGCAGUAAACUCAAAACGUGCAAAACGACAAACCUCAAGUAAGCCAAAUUAUUUCGAGGGUAAUUCUUCAGACAUUGACUCUCAGGAGGACUAUGACCCUAUGAUGAACGACACAGCCUAUGACGGCGGUGACCCAGAGUUUGGAAUAGAACCCAUGAGAAUUGACGACGAUGAGUCCAUGAAGAGAUAUGAUGAGCGAGAGGAGGGAGAAGCCUCCGAAGAACACCGCGAGACGGUAGUUGAUCAAAAAAAAGAAAAAAAACGACAAGAAAUCCUCGACCGAAUAGAAAAGUUACAAAAAGAAUUUAUCAAUAAAAAAGAUGAGAUAUUCAAAGACAGUAUAAGACAAAUCGAUUAUGAUAUUAGGACUAUGAGGGAAGGUACACAUCCGGAAUAUGAGGAACGUUUGCAACAACUUAUUGAUAAACGCGAGCAGACACUUGAGAAGGCAAGGUUUUAUAGAGAUUAUCGUCUUGGAUGCGUUGAAAGAAUGUUUGACGCCGAAAAACGACAGGUUGAAGAUGAUUAUAUGCUAGAGAAACAAGGAUUAAAAGAACAAAUGCUGGCAGAUAUGGAUGAACGGAGAAAAAAAUUGAAAGAAGACUAUGAAAGCUUUGACAUAACGAGUGACGCAGCAAUGGAUGGAAACCCACGAUAUCAUCCGCAAAGAAAAUUGCGUGCGAGACAAAAAGAAGAUACAGAAGUGAAAGUUAAAAAACCCAAACUAGAAGAGAUCAAAAAUGGGUGGUUAUCUACAGGUUCAAAUGUUAAUUAUGUAUUCGAUAUAAAAAUCAAUCCUCUCGAUUUAUCACUUUUUACUUUUUCAACAAACUCAACCACAAAAAAUUUAUCAAAUGACAAAAUAUUUAUUACUGUAACAACUUGUAAAGCUCCUUUACCAAAUUUAAAUAAAAAUCCAAAAUCACCUCCCGCUGAACAAUUAGAAAUUUGGAUUUCUACAAAAAUAAAAAAUCCUGGUCAUUUAAAUGUUGAUAUACCGAAAGAGAAUAAGACUGGAUUGUAUAUAGGAGUUUUUGCACCUAAAUUAUCUGAUGAUUAUUUUGGUCAUUAUCAGUUUCAAAUUGGAGCUUCUACUAAAGAUUUUUUACUUAAUCUUCCGACCGUGAAAGGAUUGAUAUUGGAUGAUACUGAUCAUGCAAAUGCUUUAUUUAGAACAGUUAAUACUAGUUCAAAACAACCUUUAUAUGAUGUAACUUUUGUUGAACACAAAUAUGUAGAUGGAAUCUCUCAGUCAUUAUGUGCAUAUACUGAAAAUCACUUAAAUUCAAAAAAUGUCACAUAUAUGACGAAGGAAAUAUAUGGAAAAUUGCAAUCUUUAAUUUCUAUAAGUAAUUUGAAAAAUGGAACAAAAUAUUCCGUCCUUGUUAAAGAAGAAUCAGUUAAUGAUCCAAAAUUCUUCGUUCCUAUUGCUUUUCAAACACAAUCUCAAAAUAAUUGUAUGAUAAUAAAAAAUCUUGAAUUUUGCGAUAAAGUCUUUUAUUCUGUACCAAAAACAAUCUCAAAAAUAACUGAACAAGAAUUAGCGAUUGGAUAUGAUAAUUUGGCUAAAUCAUAUUUUAAUAAUUUCGAAUUAACAAUAGAUCAAUAUCCAUGUGAUGAUAAACUUCGUUCAAAAUAUUCCUUAGUUAGAAAUUGUAAUGAUUGUAAAGAAGCUUAUAAAGAUUGGAUAUGUGCUAUAAUAAUUCCACGUUGUGCUAAUGAAGAUUCAUCUGAUGGUAUUGAAAGAAACAAAUCUCGUGUAGAAGUUUCUGAUGAGACUAUGAAAAUUGAUCAACCUUUUGUAGAAAUACCUCCUUGUAUUGAUCUAUGUUAUAAUAUUACUAGAUCUUGUCCUGAAAGUUUUGGUUUUAGUUGUCCUAAUUCAUCUAAAUCAACAAAUUCAACAAAUUCAACUUAUGGUGAUACAAUUGAUCGUUCAUGUAAUUCUCUAGGAAUGGAUUUUUCUUCGAGAUCUAAUCUUGCAAUAUGGUUUUCAAUCCAAUGGACUUUAAUAAUAUUAGUUAUUGGAUUUACAAUUUUAAUAGUAGGAAUAUGA